UGGCAACUACUUUUCAGAAAGGGGGGAGUUUUGCAGGAGCUUUAAUCGGCCUCUAGGUGUCACGAUGGGGCUCCCAGUCCAGGCGGCUGGCGGGGGGUGUUUGUCUCCCUCUAUCGUUAUCGAAAAUUUAGCAAAAAACAUUUAUAACCCAGAAGUUCGGGGUUAUGCCCAAGUAUUAAGUGUUUCUGAACGUAUAUUAGACGGCAUUUCGGCGAGAUGCAUUAUUUUAACACUUCGAUGUUUGGUCCUGUCUUUAGGCCAGGCGUCCAUUUUCUUUUUCUUCUCUUUGUUUCCUGUCUUAGCCGCGAUAGAAACCCGCCGUUUCUACAUGUAGCAUUAGCUUAGCUAACAAGCUAACGCCAGCGGCAAACAUUUAUCUGUCCCGGUAUCUUGUAACUCUUAUACUAGCAGCCUUAUAAGCGAGCAUAACACGAAAUUAGUCGGCCAUCUAACGUUUUAUGUCCUUCCCCGGGAAUCGUUUUGUUAGCCGUGACGUUAACCGACUGGCUAACUAGCGUUAGCCUGCUAACGGUUUGUUCGCGCGCCCCUCCUCGCGGAGCGAGUUCGAUUCAAACGUCCCUCGGCCCUUCCUGGUCCGCGCGCGGGCGAGCCGCACGCGCAGACACUAACCCACUUCGUCGCUCGGUGCUCCGCGGCGCAAAAACACAUCCCGGCUUGGUGGUCUCGAUUUUUGUACUUCUGUCUUCGUCCUCUCCGUGGAAGUCUCGUCGAGUUGACGGGCGCGGUUAAACUGCGCUGUGGCUGGUUAGCAUCGGGAUCUGCUAACCUGCUUGUUGCGCAGAUGAAAAAUCAAACGAGGAAGAUGAGCUGCUAAAUGACCCCGAUGGCCAUUUUCGAUAACUUUAAGCGACACGCUGUAGACCAGCUACGUUUCUAGCGAUUUCGCCGCCCUAGACGAACCUGGAGAAGCAGCGAUCGGUGGACUCGUUGGGAGUGUGAGGUGCAUCCAGUGACCGCUCACUUAUUGAAAGACUACCUCAAGCAACAAACGACUGAAGGGAUAAAAACUGUGGAGAGCUCCCUCUAUAACCCGACUGGUAGUGGUACAAAAACACGAUUAACCAUCUCCGAAUGCCCUCUCGCUGUAGUAGAAAAUCGCCACUGUGACUCGAACCGUAAAGAGUUGCUGAUUUAUUAAUGCGUUAACAUUGAUUGAUUGGUUUGAUUGUUUCAUGAACGCUUGGUCGCGGUAAUAACGUCGAGACAAGAAGCCGGCAGGGAAGUAACUUAGCCAGGUUGGCUAGUUAAACGUGAAACUGUUCAAAUGAUGUUUCUGGCGCGCAACUAAGCAAAAAGUAUGAAGACAAUGUUGAAUACUUCAGGGACACAAAUCAUUUCGUAAGACUUUCCUUGCGGUUGGUGAUGUCAGAUGCCAUCCAAACUAGCUUUCUUUGAUCGUUGAUGAGUUGAAAAUAAACACCUGUUAACGACUUUUUUACUCUUGUAAGAAGGAAGCUUGAGAGAGGUAGCUCAUUCAAUGAAGACAGAAUUGAGGAGACAGAAGGGUAGCGAUGAAGUACUCAAUUUUGGUGCAGGUAUUACCCAUGGAAGGGGGACCGACUGAAGCCGUGGUGGAUGAAGCAGGGGAUGCGUUCAAAGCCAAGCAGUGUAAGACCUAUCAUCGGCGACGAGAAGAGGAAGAGGAAGAGGUCAGUGCUGAGCUGCUGCAGGCUGCUGGCCUAGAGACAGUAGAGCAGACCUCGGGUGCUGGAGAAGCAGCUGUAGUGACCGAUGCUCAGCAGCAGCUGGUUGAGGGUGUAGUGGGUGUCAACAGCAGCGUGGAGAUGAUGGUGAUGGACUCGCUGGACCCCGCCUUGCUCCAGAUGAAGACCGAGGUCAUGGAGGCUGGUGUGGGUGCCCCAGUUGGGGUGGGUGUUGCUGGGGCAUCCCACGAGGCCACCGUCACCACUGUGGACGACACCCAGAUCAUUACCCUGCAGGUGGUAAACAUGGAGGAGCAGCCACUUGGCCUUGGUGAGUUGCAGCUGGUGCAGGUGCCUGUUUCUGCUGUGCCUGUCACCGCCGCCACUGUAGAGGAGUUGCAGGGCACCCUGGUGGAUGCGACCGCCAUGCCUAAAGAUGGAGAGCCUGUCAUCUGCCACACCUUGCCCCUGCCUGAGGGGUUCCAGGUGGUGAAAGUAGGUGCUAAUGGAGAGGUGGAGACGGUGGAGCAGGAUGAGCUGCAAGCGCAUGAAGAGCAGCCCUUGGCGCAGGAGGAGGAGGAGAUGACUGAGGCCCAGAAUGAUGACCCUUCUUGGGCCAAGGACCCCGACUACACACCCCCAGUCAAGAAGACGAAGAAGACAAAGAAGAGCAAGCUGCGUUACAACACUGAGGGCGAGAAGGACAUGGACGUGUCUGUCUAUGACUUUGAAGAAGAGCAGCAGGAGGGUUUGCUAUCUGAAGUCAAUGCUGAGAAGGUGGUGGGCAACAUGAAGCCUCCCAAACCAACCAAAAUCAAAAAGAAGGGGGUGAAGAAGACAUUCCAGUGCGAGCUGUGUAGCUACACCUGCCCACGGCGCUCCAACCUUGAUCGACACAUGAAGAGCCACACGGAUGAGCGGCCUCACAAAUGCCACCUGUGUGGGCGUGCCUUCAGGACUGUCACCCUGUUGAGGAACCACCUCAACACUCACACAGGCACAAGACCACACAAGUGUACCGAUUGUGACAUGGCAUUUGUAACGAGCGGCGAGCUUGUACGACACCGUCGCUAUAAGCACACCCAUGAGAAGCCCUUCAAGUGCUCCAUGUGUGACUAUGCCAGCGUGGAGGUCAGCAAGCUGAAGAGACACAUUCGGUCUCACACCGGUGAGCGUCCGUUCCAGUGCAGCCUUUGCAGCUAUGCCAGCAGGGACACCUACAAGCUGAAGAGACACAUGAGAACUCAUUCAGGUGAAAAGCCAUACGAGUGCUACAUCUGCCAUGCGCGUUUCACCCAGAGCGGCACCAUGAAGAUGCACAUACUGCAGAAGCACACAGAGAACGUGGCCAAGUUCCACUGCCCCCACUGUGACACCGUCAUCGCACGCAAGAGUGACCUGGGUGUGCAUUUGCGUAAGCAGCAUUCCUACAUUGAGCAGGGCAGGAAGUGCCGCUACUGUGAGGCGGUGUUCCAUGAGCGUUAUGCUCUCAUCCAGCACCAGAAAUCCCACAAGAAUGAGAAGCGCUUCAAGUGUGACCAGUGUGACUAUGCCUGCAGACAGGAGCGGCACAUGGUAAUGCACAAGCGCACCCACACUGGGGAGAAGCCGUACGCCUGUAGCCACUGUGAUAAGACCUUCAGGCAGAAGCAGCUCCUGGACAUGCACUUCCGCCGCUACCAUGACCCCAACUUCGUGCCCACCUCCUUUGUGUGCACCAAGUGUGGCAAGACCUUCACCCGCCGGAACACCAUGGCCAGGCAUGCAGAGAACUGCACUGGCCAGGACGGUACAGAUGGAGAGAAUGGUACUCCUAACAAGAGGGCUCGCGGCGGGCGCAAGAGAAAGAUGCGCUCCAGGAAGGAUGAUGACGAUGACAGUGAUGAGCAUGGAGAGCCUGAACUAGAUGACAUUGAUGAAGACGAGGAAGAGGAAGAGGCUCUGGAGGAUGUGCAGAUGGAGGUGGAACAGGCCCCGCCCACUAUCCCUGUGCCUGCCCCGGUUGAGCCACCUGUCAAGAGGAAACGUGGCAGACCCCCAAAGAACCCCCCCAAGGCCUCUCCUGCCAAGUCUGCAACCAUUGCACCUGCUGCCACUGCCAUUAUCCAGGUAGAGGACGAGGGCACGGGGGCCAUUGAGAACAUCAUAGUGAAGAAGGAGCAGGACGGGGUUGACUCCUCUGCAGUGGCUGUUGCUGCGGCGGCAGAGCCUGUGGUGGAGGAGGUGGAAGCCGUGGAGGGCGGAGUAGAGGCGGUGCAGCUUGCCGUUCCUGACGCUGCGCCCAACGGAGACCUCACCCCUGAGAUGAUACUGAGCAUGAUGGACCGGUGAUGUGGACCCCACACUAAUGCACCGCCACACAGACCCUUCCCCACACACACACACUCACUCACUCACUCACAAACACACACUCAUACCCACACAUGUGCAUGUGCGCGUGUGCACACUCUGGCACAUGCUUGUGCGCGUCCCCUCCCAUGCCAUCACCUGAGUGGUCUGCCCAGGACCACUCUUCUCCUUUCCAUGAUGUUUUUGAUGAACUUGGAAUAGAAAUUCCAGUGUUUUCUCAUGCAUAAAUUUCAGCUUGAUUUUUUUUUUUUUUUUUUUUGGAAUGAUUUUGGCUCAUGUCAUCUGUACACCUUGCAUUUGUUUUUUGACUUUUUGAACUACGUGGUCUGAUUUAAUUGGCCAGCAUUUACCAUCUUGUGUGUGGUGGGGUCUUUGAGCUGUCUAGGGAUGGGGAGACUACAGUCAGUUCUCCAGCGUUACUAUAGUGAACUACACGCAUUUAGAUGUUUCUUUCCUCCCCACUAACAUGCUGAUAUUCUUUCAACCUUUCAGUCUGUGACAUGGCAAUAUUCAAAAAGGAAAACUUUCUGUGCCUGGUCAAGCCUCGAUAUUUAGAAUUGCUAUCACUGCUGUAGAAAUGGGCAUUUUAUCCCAUCUGUCCAACAGAUUUCUUUUUAAUGUCUGACAUAUAUACGGCAACUUUUAUUCGCUGUUGUAAUUCUCAUUUCAUUUUCUCUGGCCACAGUUAACGGUAGUAGAGAGAGAGAGAUGAUAGAAACGUAGCCAUAUGACUAUCCCGCCAGGGACGUUGAUCUCCUUCCAUCAAGUAAAGGAAAACAAAAUAAUCUGCAGUUGAUAACAUUGUACAAAGCAAAGGUAAUCUUGGCUGGUCUUGCUUGUAAAUAAAUUUUUAUUUUCUGUUUUAUUAUGAACAUUUUAAUCUUUUUCUAGUGAAUUGAUGACCUUAAAUGCUGGGGCAAUGACAUUUUAAAAAGUAGCCAUUUAAAAUCAUACCACCUAAGACUUUAAAUCUCAAGGGGGCUCUACCUUAAAAGAUCAUGUAGACAGUUAGCCCUGCCUUUUUUCUUUGUCCUUCUACAGCUUGAAAUGUCACCUCGUUUUGAGUGUCCUCAGCUUACUCAUUUAUUUAGAGAUGGGGAAUAAAGGCUCCUUUUCAAUCCAUCAGUCAAGGAAUGAGAACGUGGGUUUAUGGACCGCUUCUGUCAGAGGAACACACUCCAUGUUUUGUUUUGGAACUGUAAAAGUAAGCAUAAGUGUGUUUUAAAGUGUGGCAGUGGGACAGUGCUCGCACAUGCUGCAAUGUUGUCCGGUAACAGUGUGCAGGCCCAGGUCAUAAACUGGCAACCACUGACGGUGUGCUCGAGAAGAUCCAUGACCCUGCUUUAAAGGAAUUGGGUAAUGGUGUCUCACUGUUCACAGUAGUCUUCUUAAAAGCUUUGUCCAGACCAUACACAUUUCUGAGUUUGCAGUCUGGUGAAACCAUUUCAAAUGUGUUCUAUUCCAAAAUGACAGAUAGGAUGGCAUUUGUUAAAAAGAAAGCAAGUUUGUCCCAUUUAAAAGAACAUCUAUGCUGAGCAUUUUCUGACUCAAAAUGAAGCUUUCCCCCUAAUUGUAUUUGCAUUAAAAUUGCUUUUCUUUUGUUAAGCUCUUAAUUUUAGGUUUUUUUGUUUGUUUGUUUUGUUUUUUUGUACCUAGCUGCAACUGUGUGAAUUUUACUAUGGUUAGAACACCGACAUUAUAAAGACAUUUAUUAUGGCUGGGUGGGGCAUUGAGGGCAUAAGAGAAAAGGUGGUAUGGAGAAUGUAUUGCUGUACAGCUAAUAAAAAUAUUGUCCUA